UAAUCCAAAGCAAUCCACCGUGUUCAUUGGAGAUGGUGAAUUGAGCAUCGUCGUGCAAUCGUCGUUGCUGCGAUCUAUACCUUUCGUACCACAAUGGCUGACUACUGGAAAUCACAGCCUAAAAAGUUUUGUGAUGCCUGCAAGUGCUGGUUUGCAGACAAUAAAGCAAGCAUAGAUUUUCACGAGAGGGGCAAAAAUCAUCAGGCCAAUGUGCAGAAGCGGAUCACAGAGAUCAUGAAGAAAGGAAAGAAGAUGCAGAAAGCUCAGCAGAAUUAUGAAAACAUUAUGGAUGGAAUUAACCAGGCUGCAUUGCAGGCAUUUCAAAAAGACGUCAAGACCGGAGGUUCGAACAUCGACGUGAUUAGGUAUGCUGCUGAGGAAGCCAAGCUCAAGGAGAAGGCUGCAGAGAAAGAGCAAGCAAAUUUACUUGCUCCAGCAGCGCCAAUAGUGUCGUGGUUUGAAGGUGUCACUGAAGGAGGAGAGACUUACUACUGGAACAUGGAAACUGGAGAAUCUUCAUGGGAGAAGCCAGAUGCGAAUUAUGUGCCGCUUUCUGACCAGCAAGGAUCAUCCAAUGAGAGUGUACCACCAGAGGACGAUUCAUCGCAGGAACCCGACUCAAGUGUAGGACCAGCGCCCAGGGCAAGUCCAUAUGGAGAGUGGCAAGCGGUCAAACCCAUGGAGGCACCGAAGAUAGAUUUGCAGCUUCCCAAAAAGCCAGAAGGUGUUGAAGAGGUUGUCAUUAGUGUUCCAAAGGACGUCCCCACAAAGAUGAAGUUUAUGGAAAAGACUGUGGGUAGCCUUGAAUCCGGGGAAGGUGAAGACACAAGUUCUGUAUUCAAAAAGCGUAGUAAACUUGGCUGUCAAGGUAAACGGAAUGUGAGGCAACGAACUGAUGAUGACUAGACCAGACUGUAUGUGUUUAUUCUGUGCCUUGUAUGUAAAUAAAUGUAAAUACAUUAUGCAUUUUA